AUGUCUGCCGUUUCUACCCUUGCAGCGCUCCCGCCGCACUACAUAGUGCUCGGCAUGGGCGUAGUAACGUUCUUUACCUAUGAGAUGCCAGCAUACGUCCAUGCUGCACUAGCCGUAGCCUUUAUUGGCACAUUGAUGAUCAUCCAAGCGUUAAGCCCGGAUGAAAGCGACGAGGCCGCGCCUGAACCUGAGCAGGAGGAGGUCCUGUCAGACAAACCACCCACGACUGUACCAGAGCAGGAAUCCACACCGAAAUCACCCGCUGCAGCGCGUGCGGCUGCCAUCGAGAUGACGGUGAACGUGCCACCGCCAUCACCAUCGACCAGCGCCUCCUCCGAGUCCGAGUCGUCGAGCGCCUACAGCGUCAACUCAUCAGCGCCCACCUCCGCCGGCUUCUCCUUCUCCAGCCUCCCGAGCACCCCGCGAACCCCGAACACUCCCGGAUCCGCACGCCGCACAGCCUUCGUUCGCCAACUUCAGAGGCGUUCACACAUUCUGGUCGACCUAUCGUCGAGGUCGCGCAGCUUGAAGUCGACACCGAUCCUGGUGGGAUUGAAAGGCGCAGGGUGUGCGAGGCGUAACAGGCGCCGGUCGCGAUCAGCGUCCCGCCGCACAUGCAAGAAGCGCGCUUAG